CAGACGAAGCCAGGUUCGUGUGACGACUGUUACAUCCGGUCGUGAUUGGCUCAUCCAGAGUGCGGUGAAGGCCAGUGUCGUGUGAAGCGGAGGAUGGGUCGACUUGGUGGCCAGUCAUUGAGACAUUGCAGAUAUUCGAGGCGAGAGGACCAUGUCACCUUCGCUUGGCGACUUGGCUCCUCUACACUCGCACUGUCAAAUCCAAGAGACCUUGAUCCUUCAAUUCGCUGUCUCUUGCAUCACAGUAACCGGAAGACAAGACGCCUCGAUAUGCUCACCGAGUGCGUCGCAGUAUGCAACUGUAGUACACAGCACGCCGGCAUGCCGCCCCUCGCACGACGCCUCAUUGGGACAUCAGGUAGCGGUGACACUGCAUUGCGGCAGGCCGUAGAAGACUUCUUCUUGGUGAGGGUGCCUCUGUCGAUCUACAGCGGCGUUGAUAUGUUUCCCGGUGGCGGCUAUUCGCAUUUGCACAAGUGUAUAAGCGGGCGUCUAUACGUCUUGGCGACGGGAAUCUGCGUUAUAGACAUGCGCAUAUACGAGAGUUUCCACUGUAUGACAACGAACACAAGUGCAUCUCGGAGCAUGCCUCGGAGCACAUCUCCCUUCGCUCUCAAAUCUAGACUCCGAGCCACCUAUCUUGGCCUCACAAUGUCCCUCUGUCUCGCCCCUGUCCCGCGACCCGCAGCAGCGUCGAUGCAACCCAACUUGCAUUCUGCGGACUACAGACUGCAGGAAUGCAUCCAGACCCGGCCAGUGACCGCCUUGUCUCAAGCCGUGUCAUCUGCAACAUACUUGAGUUCCUCGAUGCCCAGCUGCUCUCCGAUUCCGGAAUGGCGCCCUUCCAUCGCCACCCACACACUGGCUCAACAGUUUGAGGCCCCAAUCACCCAUCAUAUGAGUCCCUCUGGUGAUGCGAGGUAGCACUCGCCAAGCGAGGGUUAAGUGAAGUGAGGCGAGUUUGCGGGGGCUUU